CUCUCGCUCUCUCUUUCUCCCCCGUAGGGUGGGAGAAGCCCGUGUUUGCGUCUCAGAGAGGGGGCUCCAUUGGGAAGAGUCACAAAGCGGUUCUGUCAGAGCGCGCGCUGGGUUGGACAUCACCGACUCCACAGCUCUGUCCCGGACCAGGGCUGAGGCAGAGGAGCAAACAGUGAGCAGAAGAAGAAAGAAGCGCGAGACAAGGAUGCCAUAUGAUCCGGGUGCUGGUUGAUCUCUCUGACGGCUCAAACUUUGGAUUGCAGCGCACCAGGACCGACCUCUUCGCGCACAGACCCAACCCGGUUCCUGCAUCCUUCACGUCCCAGUUUGAAAAACUGGACACUUUGGAUGUCCGUGUUCCUGUUUGACUUUUCCGACUGGUCAUCCAGUCGCGAGCCGGACGACUAAAGAGCGCCUGGUUUCAGGAGCGCGCGAGGAUCCGCAGCGGGACAAGUGCGCAGCUGGGUGGAGACACAUAAAGACACAAGGAUCCCACGGCGGUUUGUUCAUGUUUGGGAUCCAGGAGAGCAUCCAGAGAAGCGGCAGCAGUCUGAAGGAGGAGCCGCUGGGAGGCAUGAACGUCCGGAGCUGGAUGCAGGGGGGCGGCGUGCUGGACGCCAACACGGCCGCUCAAAGCGGAGUGGGUCUGGCCCGCGCGCACUUUGAGAAGCAGCCGCCCUCCAACCUGCGCAAGUCCAACUUCUUCCACUUCGUGCUGGCUCUGUACGACCGGCAGGGCCAGCCCGUGGAGAUAGAGAGGACCAACUUCGUGGACUUCAUCGAGAAGGAGAAG